UUGGUUCUGGGAUUUUCCUUGGCAUUUAAUAAUGACCUUUCUCCUUUUUCUGUUGUUUCAGUUAAAGGAUCAAGAAAGUUAAGUCUGCCAACAGAUCUUAAGACUGAUCUUGAUCACGUGAACGGCCACUGCACGAGUCCAACAUCGCAGACCUGUACUUCGGGCAAACGCAUCUCCAGUGCUGAUGGCACGAAGUCCAACAGGAGGGGUCCUGCGAGACCACCUUUCCGGAAGGCCCAGUCUGCGGCGUGCAUGGAGAUAACGCUCCCCGUCACUAAUGAAGCAGUAGGUUACAUAUCCAGGCGGACAAUGCUUCAUCAAUUACAUGGAAUCAGUGUAUUCUCAAAUGACGAGUACCACUAUUCUCCUUCUCCUAACCCGUGGCCAGAGAAAGAAAGCCGGGAGAGCUCCUUCAGCCGAUCUCGCAGCUCCAGCGUGUCAAGCAUUGAUAAGGAGACCAAAGAGGCCGUCACUGCCCUGUACUUCAUGGAGUCCUUCGCCCGGAAGAACGACCCGUCGCCCCUCCCGUGCCUCUGGGUGGGGACCAGCCUGGGAAUGGUGCUGAUCAUAUCCCUGAACGCCCCCGCCAGUGAAGAGCAGAGGCAGGCGGAGCCGGUGGUGGCCACUCCGAGCGGUACAGUGCUCAUGCUGAAGGGGGCAGUGCUGACCUUCUCCUGCUUGGACUGUAUGGGAUCUUUAAUCCGCCCCUCCUACGAAGUCUGGAGGGACCCAAACAGCAUGGAUGACAACGAGAAGACGAGGAAGAGGAAACUGGUGGCCUUCUCUCCGUCCUCUUCGCAGGAUAUGAGCGAUCACCAGUUUGCCGUGGUCUGCUCGGAAAAGCAAGCCAAAGUGUUCUCUCUGCCUUCCCAGGCGUGUCUGUACGUCCACAACAUCACCGAGACCUCCUUCCUUCUGCGGGCGGAGGUGGUCACCAUGUCCAACAACGUCCUGCUGGCCUGUUUCUGCGCCAACGGGCACAUCAUGACAAUAAGCCUGCCCAGCCUGCGUCCCAUGCUGGAUGUCAAUUACUUACCGCUGACAGACAUGAGAAUAGCCAGGACGUUCUGCUUCACCAACGGCGGCCAGGCGCUGUACCUGUGUUCUUCCAGUGAGAUCCAAAGAAUAACGUACAGCCAGGAAAUGUGCGACAGCCUGCAGGACAUGCUGGGGGACCUCUUCUCGCUGGUGGAGACCCCGGAAGCUCAGAACAGAGGAUUUCUGAAAGGACUGUUUGGUGGAAGCGGACAAACCUUCGACAGGGAAGAACUAUUCGGCGAAGCCUCAGCCGGAAAAGCCUCCCGCAGCCUGGCACAGCACAUCCCCGGGCAGGGCGGCAUAGAGGGGGUGAAGGGAGCAGCCACCGGCGUGGCUGCCGACUUGUACCGCACACGACUCGCCCUGGAUGAAAGAGGACAGCGGCUGGGCGAACUGGAGGACAAGACCGAACGGAUGUUGUCCAGCGCGGAGGUUUUCUCCAAACACGCACAUGAGCUGAUGCUGAAACACAAGGACAAGAAGUGGUACCAGUUGUAAGUUGCGGGGGGCUUGGAGAGGAAUGAAAAUGUUUCAUCCUGUCAGGGGCUGCACC